GCGAUAUCUGGGCGCUCGCUGUCUGUGGGGAAUGGCCGCCUGCGAAGCUAUGGCUGCUCCACGGAUCUGCUUUAGCCGCAGCACCCCGGGACGCUUUAGCUGACCAGGACUGGAGAUCCACGGCAGGCUCCCCCUUCUACCCGGGCCUCCGAGCGAAUGGGUAGAGGGGGCACUGCUCCAAGAGACGCCGAACCGGAACCACAGAGACUCGGGCAGACCGGAGCGAAACCGCCGUAGCCGCUAGUUAGCCUCAGUGCUAGCCCCACAUCAACACGGCUGUCACUGCAGGGGGAACCGAGCCGACCCGCGACCACGAUUUACGGGGAGAAUGAGCGGACCGGGGCAGGACAGCGAGCCAGAGGCGAAGGUCCAGCAGAUCAAGCGGCAGUACAGGGCUGUGGUGGAGUCUGUGCAUAAACUAGAUGUCAUCAUUGGCAGUAAAGCGUCCUACAGAGAGGUGUUCAAGCCAGAGAACAUCAGCCUACGGAACAAGCUGAGGGAGCUGUGUGUCAAACUCAUGUUCCUGCACCCCGUGGACUAUGGCCGUAAGGCUGAGGAGGUGCUUUGGAGGAAGGUCUACUACGAAGUCAUCCAAGUCAUCAAGACCAACAAGAAGCACAUCCAUAGCCACAGCGUCCUGGAGUGUGCCUACCGCACUCAUCUCAUCGCUGGGGUGGGCUUCUACCAGCACCUGCUCCUCUACAUCCAGUCACACUACCAGCUGGAACUGCGCCACUGCAUGGACUGGACCCACGUGUCAGACCCUCUCAUCGUUCGCAAGAAGGCUUUGUCUGCCUCUCCCAAAGAGAUGGAAUGGGCUCAGUUAGCAUGCCAUCGAUGCCUGGUCUACCUCGGAGAUUUAGCACGUUAUCAGAACGAGCUCGCAGGAGUGGAGACUGAGCAGCUGGCCGAGAGGUUCUAUCACCAGGCUCUGUGUGUCAUGCCUCAUGUUGGCAUGCCUUUUAACCAGCUGGGCACACUGGCAGGAAGCAAGUUUUACAACGUGGAAGCCACUUACUACUACCUACGCUGUAUUCAAUCAGAGACCCCCUUUGAGGGCGCGUAUGGCAACCUCAAACGCCUCUUCGACAAAGCUGCCAAGAUGUACCAGCAGGUGAAGAAACAGGAGCUGAAGAAGCUGUCCCCGUCAAGACAGAGGUCCAAAGACAUGAAGCGUCUGUUGGUGAGCUUCAUGUACCUCCAGAGUCUUCUGCAGCCCAAAAACAGCCUGGUGGAUGUGGAGUUGACCACCCUGUGCCAGUCAGUGCUGGAGGACUUUAAUCUGGUGCUGUUUUACCUGCCCCCUCCGAACCCAAAUGCGCCCGUGCACUCCCCCUGUGCAGAGGAAGAGGACGCCCACGACAGCCCCUGCCCCACCCUCCCCGACACCCUGCUCUUCAAGAUGGUGGUCAUCUGCCUCAUGGUGGUGCACAGCCUGAAGAGAGGAGGCUCUAAGCAGUACAGUGCAUCUAUCGCUUUUACCCUGGCCUUGUUCUCCCACCUGGUGAACCACGUCAACAUCCGUCUGCAGGCUGAGCUGGAGGAGGCAGAGACUCAGGUGCCCCCUCUCAACACCGAAGGCCCAGAUGAGGUAGACCUGGCUCCUGUGUCCGAGCUCACAGAAAAGCCUCUGCACAAUGGCUCUCUAGAGCAGGAGCGGGCACAGAGCGGGCAGAAGGACGAGCUCCACGCAGACACGGCCGACCAGGACAAGCACAAACACAAGAAGAAGUACACUCGUCUGUCCAGGCUGAGGCGCCGGCGCUGCCCACGCAAACACACCACGGGACAGGAUGACAGCGACCUGAGCGAAGGCUUCGACAGUGAGGAGGAUGAGGAGGAGGAGGUUAUCAAGCCCGCCCCCAGCCCAAACCCCAGCGCCACCAACCCCCCUGUCCUCAAGAGGGACCCCAAGAGAGGGGCCGUGGUGGGCCAGGCCAGCUGGGACAGCGGCUCAGAGGACGAGGAUGGGGGAACGGCCUUCGAUGUGGAGACAGACUCGGACAUGAACAGUCAGGAGUCCCGCUCAGACCUGGAGGACAUAGAGGAGAGCUCAGAGCAUCAGGGCCCAUCUCAAAGAGAAGAGCAAUCUAACAGCCAGGUCCAAAGAGAGGAGCCGCCUCCCACCACCAACGGCCCCCUCACACACCCCGACCCCAGCAUCAGCUCUAACCUCCAGGCCAUGUCCUCCCAACUGUUCCAGGCCAAGCGCUGCUUUCGCCUGGCCCCCACCUUCAGCAACCAACUGCUUAAGUCCCCGAGUGCCCCCACCCCAAAACCCACUACCAUUACCCCCCAAAGUGACACUGCGCCCCCUUCACAGGAAAGUGCCCCUCCACAGGGGGGUGUAGGCGUCAGCACAGCCAAUGGAACCAGUGACACUGAUUUUGAAUCCGACUCAGAGGGCAGUCAACAGAACACACACUCCCCAACAACCAAUGAGAAGAGCCUGCUGGAGAAGAUGGAGAUUCUGACCAGUCAAGGCCUGAUUCAGGUGGUGAAGGUGUUUGUUGAUUGGUUGAGAACAAACACUGACAUAAUUCUGAUGUGUGCCCAGAGCUCCCAGAGUCUGUGGAACCGCCUGUCUGUGCUGCUCAACCUGCUUCCUGACGCCUCCAAGCUCCUCGACUCUGCAGUAGAACUGAGCCUCAGUUCAGAGGUGCUGGAGCUGCUGCGCCUCAGUGAACAGGCAGACCUGGUCCAGUCUGUGUUGCUUCCAGAGGACAGAGCCCUGCGGCUGCUCCCUGCUCUGAGCACAGCCCACAGGAAGAUGGACUGGAGCCAGCACGGGCCUCCCCUCAGCCCCCUGCAGGAGUGUGUGGUGCGUGUCUGCUGUAUUCGGAGCUUCGGACACUUCCUGACCAAGCUUCAGGGGGACAUCUUGCACUUUAACCCAGAGGCAGGCAUCUUCACCAGCAUCAGCCAGUCAGAGCAAGACGGUCUGCUGCAGCAGGCCCAGGCCCACUUCCGAAUGGCUGAAGAGGAGGCUCGCAGGAACCGCCUGAUGAGGGACAUGGCUCAGCUUCGACUGCAGUUGGAGGUGUCUCAGCUAGAGGGCAGUCUGCAGCAGCCCAAAGCCCAGUCCUCCAUGUCCCCGUACCUGGUCCCAGACGCAGCAGCCUUGUGCCAACACCUGCCCCUUCUCAGGCAGCUGGCCAACAGUGGCUGCUUCAUCAUCAUCAUCCCCCGCACAGUGAUCGACAGCCUGGACAGACUGAAGAAAGACACACCUGGGGCCCGAGAUGGCAUCCGCUUUCUAGAGACAGAGUUUCGGAAAGGAAACAGGUACAUCCGCUGUCAGAAAGAAGUGGGGCGGAGCUUUGAAAGAGACAAAAUGAAGCGUCUGGACAUAGAAGCCUGGCACUUGUACAAGAUGGUGGACAGCUGCCGACAGCUCACUGUGUCCCAGAGCCUUGGAGAGGAGGACACGGCCGGCAUGGUGACCAUCCUCACUGGGCGCGAUGUGGACGAGAUGUCUGCUCAGUCUGCAGCUAUGAAGUCGGCGCUCCAGGCUGCGGCAGCAGCGGGCAUGGAGCUGAAGAAUGUCCGCCUUUUCUACCAGCAGUGGAAAGAGAUGGGCUGAGGGGCCCCGGGACCCGGCUCAGACACGACGCUCGCCCCUCUCUUUCUCCCAAUAUUUAGCUGUUAAUCUCCAAAAGGCAUCACCCAUUCAACAGGAGGCAGAGUGCGGGCUCCCGAGGCCGCUUCGGGGGCUCACUCAGCGGAAUGGUGGUGCAACGUGUGGCUCCUCUUCUCCAGGAGCGGGACAGCGGAGGAGGAACUUUGAGGUGGGGGUCUGUCAGUGUGACCACUGACAAGGCUCACACACACAGAUUUAAACAUGUGAGGGCAGGGGGUCUAAUCCACCCCCUGCUCAAAGGCCAGGCGCUGUAGCACUGGCCUCUUCCCUAUGUUUUCGUGUGGCUUCUUUUGCAAUAGGGCUGGGGAUAAAAAAAAAAAAAAAAAUCAUUGCAGUUGUUCAGUCACGUAGGCAAUUUGCUAUUGGUACUUUGCAAUGACAUCACUCUGGGGGUGUUCUACAUAUAUCUAUGGUGGAAUGUUCAGCAGUUAGUAGUAUGGAGACAUAAUGCACUGUCAAAAAAGUUUUAAAAUAAAAACUCAAGAAAAAAUACUGAAAUACUGUUGGCUAACGCUAGCUAGCUAUGGCUGUAAUGUUAUUUGAGAAGGAUUUGUUUAACAGCACGAAUCGGCUCACCUAAGUUCUUUAUUGUUAGAUCAUGUUAAAACAAAGCUCAGAUUAAAGUCUAACAGAACUUCAGACAGAGCAGAGCCUACAGUUAGCAUCACACCCCCAGGGAAUGUUGAUGACAUCUGCAGCAAAGUAUCAGUACAUUUUUAAAUAAAUAUUGAGUUUACAGUAACUUUUAAACACUUCUGGAAGCAUUGAAGCAGUAAAGGUGCGCUGUGGAACAUUUGUGGUGGAGGGUGAGCUAUCUGGUUGUCUCCAUUACGAUUUUAUUGGUUUGUAGUAUUGUCACGAUAUUAAAAUACUAGUUUAUUGUGUCUUAAACUUGUUCUGAUACAGCUCAAGAUCUUUCUAAAUCUAUUCAGGAAAGGUUCAUUUCUGUCCUGUGAGUGACUUUUUUAGUAUCGAUAUCUGCUAAAAUGACUGUCUAGUUUCAAUGCUCGUUUAGUAUCUGACUUUCGAUACUUUUGAUUUGCCUGGAUUGUCCCACGUAGACAAGCAAGCCACGUAACCACUCCCAAGUUAUAGGUCAGAUCUGUGAAGAGGCAAGUCUGCUCAAAGGACAAAUGCAUUUCGCCAAUAACACCUGUAAUUGGGGAAAAAAGGCAACAUUCACCAACCGCUCCAUCAGAAAAGUUACACAGUGCACCUUUUAAAGACCGUUAACUACUGAAAUUAUACAAGAAUGUUUACUACAACUACAGGGUUAGCAGGUUUUAUAAAAGACCCCAUACAGUGUGUAGUUACUUCUAGUACUUAUUACGAAAUGCCCUUUGUGAUUUGCUGGUUCGUUAGAAUCCUUCAGCCCUACUUUGCUGUGUUCCUGUACCGUGACUCUAUAUCGUGCUGUGUGAGCGAAAGAACCAUUUUAUUUUUUUACCCAAAUUAAGUUGUUUUUUGUACGGCCAGGCUGGUGCAGUGUGCAUGAAUGUUAAGGGGGUGAGAGACAGGGGACAUUAUAGUUUGUGCUAAUCUAAAGUCACUUCUCCAAUGAAACCCACCUGUAUUUAUUGAGGACUGCUGAAUGCAUCGUGAGGGAUCAGUCCCACAGUAAAGACAUGAUUUGAGUUAUUAAAAUUUGAGCUGGUGCAUUUGAA